AUGAGUUCUGGGGCUUUGUCUUUAGGCUCUCAGUUGUGUGUUUCUUUCUGUGCCACUGCUUUCUGCCGUGUUUUAGAAAAUUUUAGUGUUGGUAAAUCAAAGAUAAAGAAGAAGAAAGUUGAUGAAUCCAGGGAGACUGGUUCAGGGUGUUGGUUUAAGUUUAGGUUUAUGGGAAGCUGCUUUUCUUCCGGGUCCAAAAGGGAUGGUUCCAUUAGUGGCACUAGGACUCAUUAUGCGGAAAGUAAAUCUACAAAUGAUAACAGUCGAGACCAACCAGUUGUUCCAGUAGUAUCGUCUUCAACUACAACUACAAGCACCACCUUAAGUACUACUCCAUCCACUCCUAACAGACGUGAAGAACUGAAAAUUUCUUCCCAGCUUCGGAAAUUCUCCUAUAAUGAGCUUAAGUCAGCAACCCGGAAUUUUACACCUGAGAGUCUUCUUGGUGAGGGUGGGUUUGGUUGUGUAUAUAAAGGUUGGAUCAAUGAGAAUGGAACAUCUCCGGUGAAACCUGUCUUGGGCCUGCCUGUUGCUGUAAAAACCCUCAACCAUGAUGGACUUCACGGUCAUAAAGAAUGGCUUGCUGAAGUUAAUUUUCUUGGUAACCUCCUCCAUCCUAAUCUGGUUAAGUUAAUUGGUUGUUUUGAGGAUGACCAGAGGCUACUUGUGUAUGAGUUUAUGCCUCGAGGAAGCUCGGAGAACCACCCGUUUAGAAGGUCUCUGCCUCUUCCUUGGUCCAUCAGAAUGAAAAUUGCACUUGGUGCUGCAAAGGGCCUCACCUUUCUUCAUGAAGAAGCUGAAAAGCCAGUGAUAUAUCGAGACUUUAAGACCUCCAAUAUCCUGUUAGAUAGGGACUAUAAUGCCAAGCUUUCUGAUUUUGGACUUGCCAAAGAUGGUCCAGAGGGAGAUAAGACUCAUGUAUCUACUCGAGUAAUGGGAACUUAUGGUUAUGCGGCCCCUGAGUAUGUGAUGACAGGGCAUCUUACAUCCAAGAGCGAUGUCUAUAGCUUUGGGGUGGUUUUACUUAAAAUGUUGACUGGCCGAAGAUCAAUGGACAAAAACCGACCCAAUGGAGAGCAUAACCUGGUUGAAUGGGCUAGACCACAUCUUGUAGAGAGGAGAAGGUUCUACCGGCUAAUGGAUCCUCGCCUUGAAGGAUGCUUCUCGAUCAGAGGUGCUCAGAAAGCAAUUCAGUUGGCUACCUGCUGCCUCAACCGUGACCCUAAAACAAGACCUCUUAUGAGUGAAGUGGUUGAAGCCCUUAAGCCACUGCCUACCCUGACAGACAUGGCCUCUUCUUCUUCAUACUUCCAAGCAAUUCAAACAGAGCGUGCAGGGUCCAACUCGAAUGCUAACCGUGGCACUAGAGUGCAAGCGGGGAACAUUCCAAGGAAUGGACAGCCAACAAGAAGCGUCUCCAUACCACAUGGUCCACAUGUCUCACCAUAUCAUCGCAACAAUCCUAACCGGUCACCCAAGCCUAGUAACAAUCCUAACCGGUCACCUAAGCCUAAUGUUGAUCCUGGUAACAAUCCUAACAGCUCACCUAAUCCUAUUGUCAAUCGACCAUAGCUGUUAGUUUAUAUCAAACCUAAAUGUUAAGCACCAAGAACAAAGAGUUAUAUUAUCCUUUGUUUACCUCAUUUUGUUACCGAAAAAGUCUCUGUUCGGAAAUGGGAUAGUUUUAAACAUGAAAAAAAAAUUACC